UGGCUGAGCAGCCUGGUUUUGCUUGGAAACGUCGCACCUCGCGCGGCAUGGGUUGCGGCAACGUGCGCGCCGCACGGACCGUACAGCAGGAGCCAAUUGGGGUAGUCCCCAGACCGCAUAUCGCUUGGGACCAGGAGGUUUCCGCCCCCUUGGCGGCGACGGAAGUCACAACGGAGAAACCAAUGCUUGACUUGAGCAGCAGCACCAACAGCGAGGACAUGUUGUGCCAUGAGUCCCUUCCUGUCCUUACUGCCUCCCGAUGCUCACGGAGCUCGCAUGCUACGCGGCGCGCCAAGAGUCUGCGAUGGAUCGCAGUUGAUGCCCAACACCUGGCCUCGGAGAUCAAUGAACGUGUGAAGGACACUGGUCUGAGUCAGAGACGCUCUGCUACAGAGAACGCCAUUGCUAGCCAAUUGCGCGGUGCAUCUUUCACGGCUAGUCCACACACCCAGGAAAGUUGAUUGACACAUGAAUCCCUGGGAUUGAACUUCUCCGCCCGCGUUUCUGGGAAACUUGUCCGUUCGUUUCUGGGCGUUGGACCUUUCACUUGCUAAGACCUGUGCCGUGCCGAUGUGAAAUUGAAUCGUGCUGAAGCCCAAGCUCCACUAAGAAGGGUCUGACAGGCUCAAGACUUGAAACCG